AUGGCAGAAGUUGCACCUGCCGGAACAAAAUCACCGGCUUUGUCUGUUCCAGUUGUGAUAUGGGGACCGAAGCCACCAGAAAACAAAAUAUGUACAAUAAGAGUUCUCCCAGAUGGAUCAACUAUCAUCACAGGCGCUGAAAAUGGUCAUAUUGUUAUAUGGAAGUUAUCAGAAGGGCUCAUGCCGAAGCAGCUGAUGAUAGGACAUUCUCAAAAAAUCACAGCUAUUUCUCAAACUAAUAAUGCGCCCACAAACACACGUUUUGUUUCUGCAUCCGCUGAUGGGAGAGUUUGCCUAUGGGAGAUUCAAGAUGGUAGAUGUAUAGAUUCCACAACAUCUGUGGCAAUUCAUAGAUAUAUUUAUCCAUAUACCUACAAGUCUUCUCGUCACACAAGAGCAACUCGUCUUUUGUGUAUUGGAGAUUAUAGUGAUAUUCAAGUUAUGGAUCCCCAAGAUCUCACAGUUGUAUUUUGCAUAGCUUCAAGAGUAGAACCCGACUGGAUUAGUUGCUUCAUAGUUAUCAAUCAUCCCGGUAAAGAAGAUCAGCUGAUUGGAAUGACAUUAAGUGGAAUGAUGAAGGUUUGGACAUUGAAUGAAUUAGAGAAGAAAGAUCCAUCUUGUUCGUUAUACGAAGAUGAAUCGAAACGUCUUGAAAUUCAACACAUUCGCAGUGUUUCCUACAUAUGCUCAACUAGAAGAAUGUUGCUUAUAGUUGCAUCGAGCAACUGGAUGAUUAUCGAUAUGGAUGAUCUCUCCACUGUAGUUUUAUACAAGAACAAAAACACAUCGAAGCGAUGUACUGCUGGAUAUCUCACAGAUAUGGAUAAAGUGACAAUUGGUUACACUGAUGAGUCUAUCAACGUCUUCCAACUUCCCAUCACAAGUCUCCAAAAAGAAGAUGGUUCUUCAAUCGUUACGAACAAUCGGCCAACGACAAACUACUUUGACGAACCUGAUCCAUUUAUAGUGGCUUCUGUAAACGGCGUUCAGGAUAACAUAAAAUCCUGUCUAAAUGAUGUACAAUAUGCAUUCCUUCCGUACGAUCUCUCAACAGAACCAUCUUCUUCUGGAGCAGCAGAGAAAAAAAGAUUUUCGGUUGUUCGUAGUUCAAAAAGAGAUGGAAGUGUUCUCGUCUGGAACAUGCCACCAUUCGAUCAUCAGUUCAUGAAAGCAGUGCCGGCGCUGAGAAACUUGCCGUUUAAAUUCAACGGUACGUAUCGAGAAAGUCUUGCAAGUAUUUGGCAAACGAUAAACGAAUCCGAAGAUGGAUCAAUGCCUGUUUUGAAUUCUGAAGCUGUUUGCUGUUCUCUUUUCGUCACAAGCCAAGGAAAACUGUUUUUGGGCCGAUCGGAUGGUAUUAUUGUCAUGACAUACGCCUGUGAAACUUUAGCUCGUCAGUGGCUUCGAGUUCCAGCCGAACGAGCAACGUCUAGAACGCUCAACGGUCAUGAUGCUGCAGUCCGUACAAUGUUCUAUCCAUUCGAACAUGACACGAAGUAUGACCCACAAUAUUUUGUGUCAGGAUCAGAUGAUUUUUCCGUGAUUGUAUGGAAUAUCAACAGCGGUGUCAAAAUUCAUAGAUUUAUUGUUCAUGGAGGACCAGUCAAAAGUUUCAUGAUUCCCCCACCAAACUGCAGUAAGCAAGUAACAAAAUGCAUUGCCUCAAUAGCAUCAGAUAACUCCGUUGCUCUUCUUAAUAUCCGUGAUAGCAAAUGCAUGUUACUAGCUUCACGUCAUCCAUUCCCAAUUGUACAGGUUAAAUGGAGACCUCUCGAUGAUUUCAUGCUUGUCAAGUUGUCGGACGGUUCUGUUUAUGUCUGGCAAAUGGAAACGGCCAAUCUCGAUCGCAUCGCUACUGGUCUUUUGGCAGAAGAUAUAAUGGCGGCUUGUGAUGAACAAAUUGGAAUUGAAGAAGGAACGGACGAAACAUCAGCACAUCACGCUGUUCAAUUAAUACGCGCGUUGAAGAAUAAGAAUAUGGAGGCCGUAAAACAGAAGGUUGUUGGAACUGCGAGUGGAUCAACAACACCUUCGACUCAUAAUGAUCUUUUAUCAAACUGUGGAACUGCAGUGCAACUAGGCUCUCCAAUGGCUAUCAUACCACUUCCAGGAUGUGCACAGGGAGCACAUCUUGUGCAGUUUGAAAUCUCGGCGUUAAUUUCUGGAAUUCUCCACCUUGAUUCAUCAGUUGAAGCUCCUGAAGGCAAAACUACUUCUCAAAAGUUGGAUGCAGCUGCAGCAAUUAACGAAACAAAUACUGUGACUGGAUUAUCACGAAAACUAACAUGGCAGUUUGAAGCAAAUCUUUAUCUAGAUGUUGCUCGUCUAAUGCUUUCAAUGCUCCACGCAUGGAGUUUGGAUGAGGAUAUGGAUGAAGUGUGUGAGAAAAGACUGUCCUUGCAUCGACCAAGACAUCAAGUUUACUUUGGUAAUGUUUCGAGACAAGGCGAACUAUCAGUUUGUCUUCCAACCAGAUUCGCAACUGAUUUCGAAUCGUUCUGCAAAAAGUCGAGGUGGCAGGCAAGUCACUCUUUGAAUACCAGUCAUCUACUUGCUGUUAUCGCUACAUCAAAUACACUAAUGGCAAUGAAAAACUCUGCACUACAGCUUGCAAAAAUUCGAAAAAGUAUUGUUGAGAUGAAUCCUGCUCAACAAAAUCCAGAUCGCCAGCAAAUCAAACAAGGAUGGAGUCUUGUUGCUGCUCUUCAUUGUGUGCUUUUACCAGAUCAUGUUCGUCCACGAAGUAGCUAUGCUCCCCCGAGUAUUGAAAUGCUCGUAAGAAGAUGGCAAGAUAGCUGUCUAGAGAUUCGAGAAGCUGCUCAGGCUCUUUUGAUACGAGAGCUCACACGAUUAGGGACUGAAGGGCGCCGUCGUCUGAUCGAAUCCUGGACGCCAUUUUUACCCCCACUUCUUGAUGACUCUCUUUCAAUCUUCGGCUCGAAACUUCAAUCAUCUGUUCCAACAGUUCAGCCAAGUGCUCCAGCUCCUCCAAUUCCUCCAAGAACUAAGAAUGAGCCAGUUGAUGUCACUCCAGUCCGUGGCUCAGAACCACCAACUGCAGAAGGAGGAGAAGCGGGAAUUCAGCAAGUCCGGCGCAAUCAGGCGACAUCAAUCAUUCUUCUUGGAGUCAUCGGUUCCGAAUUUGGUGAUGAAUUGAAUCGAGCAGAUUUGACUCGUGCUACCGCAGUUUCACUUCUUGAAUUGCUUGUUGCGGCUCCGUCCAACUUGAUUCCAGUGCAUUCUCCAUUGAGAAGAGCAGCCAUAGACUUGUUAGGUCGAGGAUUUGUUCAUUGGGAACCACAUUUGGAAAUAUCCAAAGUUGUUCUAGGGCUCCUUGAUCUGGCAUCUAACAAUGACAAACAAGGAACACUCAAACGCAUAACAGGUGCUCCGCUCAACGCGAUUGAAGAUGCCGCUCGAACAUCUCGUCAAGCUCUUUCCUUGAUUGCUCUUGCUCGUCCUCCUGCCCUAAUCACAUCAUUAAGCAUGGAAGUCGCUCGAUACAACGCGGCUGCUCAACAUCAGACAAUUCAACAUACAGUAGUCAGUCCACUUCUUAAAUCAAGAUCGGAAGUGCUGAGAAUUGUCGAAGAGCUUUGUGAGAAACGAUACAAUGAUAUCAUUGCUAUGCUACUUCCCGUCGGUGAUAUUCUAGUUCAUUGCUUAGAUAUCACCAUUCUCAAGCACAAGUCGAUGGCUGAUGUAUUCCCACCAAUCGUAAAAUUCAAUAUGGUUGCUUAUUGUUCAUCAAGCAAACGAAUAGCAUUUGGAGGAAAAAAUGGAACAUGUGUUGUUCAUGAAUUGAGAGCUUCAAAGACACAUUCUCUCCCGUCACAUAAUGGACCCAUAGCUGCUGUUGCAUUCAGUGAAGAUGGCAAAUUCUUAGCAACGUAUGGAGCUGAAGACGGAAAGAUAAACUUUUUCCAGACAAGCCAAUCAUUCUUGGGUAUGGGACAAGCCCAGUUGAAGCUGACGAAGAGUCAACCUGCCCCAACCGUUUCCGUACCAACUACUCCAAGUGGAACAUCAUUCCGUCCUCGCCUCGUAUGGAUCAAUUCAAAAUCUCUCACAUUAAUGCUCCCCGAGGGAAGAGAACAACGCUUUUCACUUUGA